GCGUGACGUCAUCUGCGUGCGCCGCGCUCGGUCUGCGACCAUAACAACGCCUGAUAACCCUCACUUUUAUCGAUAUCAUUGAUAGUGGAAUAUUGAUCGCAGUUUAUUCGCACUGCCUUUAAGGUCCCGCACAUAUCGUCCUUGAGAGCGACACACGAUUAGGAAAGUACAUCCACACUCCCAAGAAUUCCAUUUCCAAGGUCCAGCGUCUGCGUGUCGAUGGAGGAAUCCUGCUAAAAACACAAAACGGGUGGAGAGGAUCCCGGGAGGAAUGGGGUAGAGUUCUCGAUGAGGGUCCCAGCAGCAAACAGCUCCGUUAGGGUAGAAUCAGGCUCGGGUGAGAUGCCUGAGAAUGGACGCUCCAGGAGGAGACGGGUGCCGAAGACGUGCGACUGCUGCGGGCCCCACCGCAAGCCCCAUGUGCCAGGACACCAGCAAGUGCUGAAGAAACGUGGCCGCAAGAAGAAAGAGAUGGUGGGCCAAGAAGAAGAAGUGGUGGCAGAGGAGGUGGUGAGCUCGUCGGCAGUGGACUCGAUUGUCAUUUUUGAAAUGGACACAGCUUCUGAGAUGGAGGAGGCACCGUCUCCUAAAGGGAAGCCAGACCUUUCCCAGACUGAGGGUGGGAGUGAAAGCACCGUCCUGGUGAACGGCUUGGAGAACAGUGCUCAUGCCAACUCUACGCAUCCCAGUGACACCAAAGAGCUGAGCCGUCCCAUUGAGAGCAGUUCUGCCACCCUGAGUGACUUAUCAAAGAACCCCCCCGAUUCUUCCUUGAUCAGUGCAGAGCCGGACGUUUCUGCUCACACUGAUGCCAUGGAAACCGAGCCGUCCAGCUUGAGCACUAAUGUAAACAAGGCUUCCUGGGACCAUCACUACUGCAAGCCCCUCGCUGGGGAGAACAUGAAGGACUCCAGGGAGGAGACGGGCCAACCGCCUGCAUCGCCUCCUGUCGAAUUUACAACUGAGGGCAUCAUCGAGUGUAUUCAUGAAUUCCUCGAGCAGUUCUAUGGGAAAUAUGGAAGCUUCACCCCAUUAAGUGAUGCUGACGUCCUCUAUCACCUAAAUAAGACGUUUCAGUCUGAUCUUAAUGACAGGAUGAAGCUGAUAACAGCAGAAGUGGCCAAGUACAGGGCUGGUCUGGCCUGUGCUCCUAUGCAUUUCUUCCAAGUGACCUACAACAAGCACACUUUGACCUUAGAUGACCUUUCAACACUUGAUGACCAAAACUGGGUCAAUGAUCAGGUGAUUAACAUGUAUGGAGAAUUGAUCAUGGAAGCUACAAAUCAUAAGGUUCAUUUCUUCAACAGUUUUUUUUACCGACAGUUUGUAGCAAAAGGUUAUGAAGGAGUGAGACGAUGGACCAAAAAGGUUGAUCUGUUUUCCAAGACACUGAUCCUGAUUCCUCUGCACCUGGAGAUCCACUGGUCGCUCAUAACCCUGGACGUCUCCAAGCAAAGCAUCAACAUCUUCGACUCCCAGGGCAUCCUGUUCAAGUUCGCUGUGGAUAACAUCCUGAAAUACAUCCUGGCAGAAGCCAAGGAGAAGAAACAAGCCGUCUUUCAGAAGGGCUGGAAGAUGGUCAUUAACAGGACCAUUCCACAGCAGAAGAACGACAAUGACUGUGGGGUUUUUGUCUUGGAGUACUGCAAGUGCCUGGCCUUCAUGAAGCCGCUGCUCUUCACUCAAGAGGACAUGCCACGCGUCCGCAAGAGGAUCUACAGAGAGCUGUGUGACUGCAGACUGUCUGACUGUCUAAACCAAGACAAAGCCACAUAGACUCGAGUCUGGAUGAUGAACACAACAGGAGGGAAAGGACUUCACAACAAGACAAAAAACCCAAAGUUCUGGACAGGCAAAGCUGGAAGGUCCCAAUGUAAGAGCCGGUCCAGUCAUUCCUGUCGGUUCAGCCACUGAAAAGGCCUGCUGGAGAUUUUCAGGUUGCGUUUACCUCUUCGCAUUACAUCGGCGGCUCAGAAUUGCCUUUUUCCAGCAUCCUCAACCUCGAAUUUAACGAAGCCUGUGACAACUUCUCAGAGAACCAGGUGGCUGUUCAGAAACAAAUGAGAAAAUCCUCAGCUGUGGGGAAUUUUUUCCAUUUUCUGGCAACCACAGAUUCAAAACCUCACGUGCACGUGGAUGUUUUUUUUUUUUUAACAGAUUUUAUUUUAAAUUUCAUUUGUUCAUCUUUGCAUCUUAUAACACAGCCAUAACACAGAUUAUGUGUUUCUAUCAGGUUCAUUUUUGUAAAGAACAUAGAUUUUGCUUUGCAGCAUGAAACUUGAAGGCCUUCUUUUAAAUGUCACGCUGUUGUUGAGGAACAAGAAGCAUUUAUAAAGGCUUUUAAUGAAUGUACUGUCAAAGACCAGAAUUCUACUUGUACAGUCAAGCUUGUUACUUGAAAGCAAAUUUUGUGGCGAUACCCUUAAAGUCCAGAUUGCUUUGUUAACAUUUCUAUGUUCCCAGAUGUUCUGUGGUUUCUAAUGAAAAAGCCGCAGGAUUGAUGCUUAAUAUCAGGCUGCUUGCUGUAAACCGCCAGCAUUAUUUGGCAAACUGCCGUUCUCACUUCUGAGCACUUUCCGUUGUUUUUCCUCAAAUGCAUCAGUGGUUGAAAUGGAUUUUGUAGCAUGUAGAUUUGUCAUUAAUGGAAGUCAGUUAAAGGUCAUUUUUAAAUGAGCACAGUGAGGUUGCUGCGGUGAGAGCUGCAGGUUUUUGCCUUUUAUUUAUACUCUUUUCUGUUAUUGGUUAGUACAAACGCUGAAGGCCGAGCUAAAUUUGAUUCUUGUGGCUGUGAUGUGCUUGAGUCGUCAUCAUUAUGGCCAUCUUUUCUGUUCUGUGUAAGGAGCGUUUUUCUACCUUGUGACGCAGUUUGGCACAAAAAUGUCAAGAUAGUACAUUUAUACUGUUGUCAGCUGACCCACCAUUCAAGAGCGAUGCUGUCAUUAAGUUACUUGAACCAACGAAUCAUAACCUCAGACUGAGUUUCUGACUACUAGUUUCAUCAUUAUUUAAAAAUACAUAAAACCAUGUUGAAUAAGCA